AUGGCAAAGAUUUUUGAAAAAAUUGGAGAAUGUUGGAAUGCCAAUCAAUAUAACGUGAAUCUAAAUCAAUCACAAAACAGAGUUACUAUAUAUAAACGAAGUCUGCAAGAAAGGCCUCGAAGUGAAAUUUCAGAUACAUUUUGGGACAAUGAAGUCCGUAAUUCUAACAAAUUAAUUCUCCUUGAAAGAGACACAGGACAUACAAAUAAGUUGUGCUUCAACGAGGACGUCCGAGACGCAACUGAUGAUUUAUGUGAUAUCUUGUCCGAAUGGUGUGAUCGCUUUCUGUACUACUACAAUACAGGGUUAUACGAAAGCGAUCAAUUUACUUCAUAUAAAAACUUAAUGGACAGCUACGACGCGGAUCGAGAGGGUGUACGCAAAAGAUUCGAAAUGACAACCAAACUUUUAGGAAUGACAGUAAGUGAAAUUGCUCAAGUGGGCUUUUAUAAAAUUAGUAGAAAUAUAAGAGCCCACAAGGGGAAAAGACUUUCGCAAAACGCCGCCAUUAGACGUUUAAAUGUGACUCAACCAACACCAGAAUUUAGAGAAGCGAUCGAAAAGUGUAUCAAGCUUGUUAGUCUAACUCGUAGAACAUGA